AUGGAAUUUUCUUGCAAGGCCUUUAAGGUAGGAAAAUGUGAGGGCCAAAAAGUGGUGGAUGGUGAAACCAUGCCACUAGUGCUACAACCUCCGGAGCCGAACAAGGGUGACAUGGAUUCCCUUCUCUUUGCUGUCAAAGAAAACAAGGAGUGGUUUGAGCAAAUGAUCAUCAAGAACAGUGCUGUCCUUCUUCGAGGCUACAACGUUAACAACGCCCAGGAUUUCAAUGAGAUCUUAGAAAGCUUCGGCUGGGAUGAUGUUCGUUAUUUCGGGCCAGCGCCGAGGAAACAUGUUUACAAACGAGUAUGGACGGCUAACGAGGGACCCCUCUCCGACUCCAUUUACUACCACCAUGAAAUGGUUUUGAUUAAGGAAUCUCCAGGAAAGGUAAUUCUUUUCUGUGAGAUACCAGCCCUUGAAGGUGGACAGACGCCCUUCGUUCCCAGCUUCCGUGUAACAGAAAUGAUGCUAAAGGAGUUUCCAAAAGUUAUGGAGGAAAUGGAGGAGAAGCGGUUAAAAUACACGCUCACGGCUCUUAGCAAGAAUGAUAAACCUUCCAUGAGAGGUAGAGGCUGGGAGGAUGUAUUUGGGACAUCGGAUCCCGCAGAAGCCGAGAGAAGGGCUAAAGCACUAGGGAUGGACAUGGAGUGGCUGCCAAAUGGGUCGGUGAAGGCAAUAUUAGGCCCGGCAUCUCUAACAAAGGUGUUUGAUGGAAGAAAAGGAAGGAGAACGUGGUUUAACACAUUAGUGGGCAUGCAUGGGAAGGAGCACAGCUCAGCCAUGAUGGCAGACGGGACAGAAAUCCCAGAAAAUGUAGUCAAGAGAUGUGAAGAAAUCGUUGAAGAAGAGAGCAUCCAAUUCGAGUGGGAGAAGGGUGACGUUCUCUUCUUUGAUAACUUCGCUUUGCUUCAUGGUAGAAGGCCCGCCCUCCCUCCUAGAAGAGUCCUUGUUGCCACAUGCAAGUAG